AUGGGGCCCAACCUAGCAGUCCCGACCCCCUAUGGCUGCAUUGGCUGUAAGCUGCCACAGCCGGACUACCCGCCGGCCCUGGUCACCUUCAUGUUUUGCGCGAUUGUCAUCACCAUCGUGGUAGACCUGGUCGGCAACUCCAUGGUCAUUUUGGCUGUGACGCGGAACGACAAGCUCCGAAAUUCCGCCAACAUCUUCGUGGUCAGCCUGUCCUCUGCCGAUGUGCUGGUGGCCAUCUACCCUUACCCCCUGAUGCUGUAUGCCAUGUCCGUCGGGGGCUGGGAUCUCAGCCAGCUGCAGUGCCAGAUAAUCGGCUUCAUCACAGGCCUGAGCGUGGUGGGUUCAGUCUUCAACAUCCUGGCCAUCGCUGUCAACCGUUACUGCUACAUCUGCCACAGCCUCAAAUACGAACAGAUCUUCAGCGUGCGCAACACCUGCAUCUACCUGGUCAUCAUCUGGGUCAUGGCUGUUGUGGCUGUCCUGCCCAACAUGUACGUUGGCACCAUCGAGUAUGACCCCCGCACCUACACCUGCAUCUUCAACCAUGUCAACAACUCCACCUUCACCGUGAUCAUCGUCAGCAUCCACUUCAUCCUCCCGCUCCUUAUCGUCGGCUUCUGUUACAUGAGGAUUUGGAGCAAAGUGCUGGCAGCCCGUGACCAGGCUGGGCAGGAUCCUGACAACCAACUUGCUGAGGUUCGCAAUUUUCUAACCAUGUUUGUGAUCUUCGUCCUUUUUGUAGUGUGCUGGGGCCCUGUCAAUGUGCUUACUGUGUUGGUGGCUGUCAGUUCCAAGGAGGUGACCAGCAAGAUCCCCGACUGGAUUUUUCUUACGGCGUACUUCAUAGCCUACUUCAACAGCUGCCUCAAUGCUGUCGUCUAUGGGGUCCUCAAUGAGAAUUUCCGCCGAGAAUACUGGACCAUCUUCCAUGCCAUUCGCCACCCUAUCCUGUUCAUCUCUGGCCUCAUCACUAGAAUCCGUGAGGCACGGGAGGCCCGUGUCCUGGCUCAAGCCCGUGCCCGUGCCCACGCCCGUGCCCACGCCCGUGCCUACGCCCGUGCCCAUGCCCGUGCCCAUGCCCGUGCCCAUGCUCGCAACGAAGACCGUGCCCGUGGCUGUCCUAAUGUGGAGGGAAUCCCGAUGACCUUCCGGAAUAUUCCACUGCCUGGUGAUGCUGCAGCUGGCCACUCUGAUUGUGCCUCUGGCCACUCCAAGCCCCACUCUCAGUCUUCUUCUGUUUACCGGAAAUCUGUGUCCAGCCACUACAAGUCUGUCUCUGUUUACCCCAAGUCUGCCACUGUCCACCCUAGGCCUGUCUCUGUCCACUUCAAGGAUGACACUGUCCAUUUCAGGUCUGCUUGCAAGCCUACCACUAGUCACAUCUCUGUUGGCAGCCACUCCAGGGGUGCCUUCAGCCCAGUCAUCAGCCACCGGAAACCCACCACUGGCCGCAUGAAGCUUGUUACCGGCUACCCAGUGCUCCCUGGCUCCCACUGCUCCGAGAUGGCCGCUACCGGAUACCGUGAGUCUGGCAUCACCAUCGUCGACCUCCCUGAGUCUGUCUCCAGCUCUGCCAGAGCGUCCCCGGAGUCUGAGUCUCCUAUCAGCCAGCCGGAGUCCGUGUUCGCCGAUGACCCCUGUGACCCUGCUGUAGUCACCACUGCUUCCAGAGGGUAUCGCGACAUGAGGGUCAUGGGUGUUGAAGAUGACUCCGACGAGACGGCUGUGUGAAAAGUGUCUUUGUUAGUGGCCAGGUGGUACCCCACUUUCCACUUUCUUCUUUCUGCACAUGUAACCCAAAGUGAGACACACACAGACACACACGGGCACUGACACCCAUCUUUCAGGCAUACUCCUUCUUGACACCGUGUACUUGCAAACAAUGUGUGUGUGGCUCUUGCUAUCUUCCAGGUAGGAUUCCCCUCACUCUCACACCUGUUCCUCCAGCCCUCGGCAGCCCGGACACGGCACUAUUAGGCUUCGGCUCCCACCUCACCCCUUCUUCCUUGCGAUUCCCUCUGCUGCUCUUGCUGUCUUCUCCCACUUCAGGUGGGGGAGGAGUGCAUGCGCAAUGUCGAAGGCGUGCCUUGGUGACCACUUUUGUCAAGUGACUGUGACUGCAUAGCUUUAUGUUUUAACUGUGUUAACUCUUUGUUGUAGUUUUUCAUGGCAGUCAGAAAAGCAGUUACGAGAAAGUGUGAGCACUCUUUAAAGUUUGUUUACAGUGACAAACUAUAACCCAUAGCUAAAGAAUGCAAUUUGAUGAGCUUCUUAUUAAGAGAAACUUUCAUGCCUGCGAGAAAGGAAAGAUGUAGUCACACCAUUUUUUUUUUUUUUGUGAAAAUUCAAGUUUGGGUGCUGAGUUUUAUAGUCAAAAAGGGCUGCAAAUGGUGAGAGUCAUUUACUCUAUUUUUAGUCAUUUAAGUUUGUGCUGUUUGCCAGGAUUUUCUUCCAUUUAGUUUCACAGACACAGAUGCACACAUAACUAACUCCUCUGCAGAUCCAAACUUAACGUUCCUAGUCUCAAUUACAGUUGUUUUUAUAAAUCAUAACUACCCUUUACCUCAGAGUAUUUUUUCCUUUGCUUUUUUAAACAGGUUGAUGUUUUUACACAGUGUUUACAUUUUUCUUUUGCAUUCGCAAGGGAAUUCUCAGUGAUAACCGAUCGCCAGAACUGAACCGAGUGUGCCGUGUUCUGCCAAAAGCCUUGUGCCUCUCAUGAGGAGGAAGAGAAGCCAAUGCCCCUCAGUCCCAGCACAUUUGACUGAGGUGGAGUGACACACAAUGUGACGCUGUAGCAGUCUUGCAUCAGCACACUUGACAGCCCAGGGAAUGAUUCUCUAGAAUUCAAGGGAAAAAAAAUCUGCUGUUUAAUAAGCAUUUCAGGUGUUGAUUAGAACUGACACUUUAAGUGAAGUUUACUGUACAAAAGUUUGUAAGGAUAAGCAAAAAACAUAUUAUACUGCCUUAAUUCUAUUCUCUAUUUGUGCUAGCAACUAAAUAAAAGUGCUAUUGUGGCUUUAA